AUGUCGGACACCCCUCAAGACACCCGCAAGAAGGUUGGUGGUGAAUGCUGGGCUUUGGCCUCGCAGGUCACCCAUGAUGCAAGGCGAAUGUUUGGUGCAUCCUACAAGACAACGUGGAUCAAGGGAGUGGUCCAAGAGGUUGAGAUGAGAAAGAAGAACGAGCACUCGAAGAGAGGAACGAACUAUGUCAGGGCGCUCUACAAGCUUGACAGUGCCAGGGCCAAGGAUGUGUGGAUCUGCCUCCAGAGUUUGAAGGCGUCCAAUCCCAACAAAGAUGGAGAAGAUCCAAUUGAGAAAGCAAUUCGAGAAUUUCCUGAUCGCACGUUCCGUCAAGCCUUUCCCGACGCAAACCAGGACACCACCACCCCGUCACCACCACCUUUGACAGGCAACAGCAACAGCAACAGCAACAGCAACGAAGAACAACCACGGGCAUCUGCGGCAGAGGCAACUACGGAGGAAACUGCAACACCACCCCCCACAGAGGGCGUGGAAUUGGACGAAGAAAUUACACCUUUUGUCCAACAAGAACCUACAUCACCGGCUCUUCUUCCACGCAUUCCAGGGCCUGUCUCAGAGAACCACGGCUACGAAUGGUACCACAACAAGACACCCACGGACGUUCCCUUCAAUGGUCCAACUCCAUUCCGUGCCUGGGAAAUGAAGUAUCAAGAAGCCAGAGAACAAGAGGCUGCCAUCGAAGAUAACAGUGGGUAA